UAUUCAAUGUUAUGGGGCGGCCGUGCUAUGGACAUAGAUGCGUGCAGCGGCGGGUUAGGCGUAGCACUGAUGUGCUGAGGGUAGCUGGGCUCGGAAAUGUUGAAGUUCAAGGUUGGAACCCGCGGUGGAGCAGAUACUCUAUCUUCAGAGCCUAUCACCAGUAGGACCUCACGACUAAACAACUUUUUUCAGGGGAAAGCAUCAUGCCAACUUAAUUUUCAACAGCAACUGUUGCCACUAAGCAGGGAAGGACUUCUAGAUUCCCUGUUUGUUCUGUUUGAAGAAUGCAACAACCCUGCUUUAAUGAAGAUUAAACAUGUCUCUAACUUUGUAAAAAAAUAUUCUGACACUUUUGCCGAGUUACGCGAGCUGCAGCCCAGUCUGAAGGACUUUGAAGUGAAGAAUGUUGUUGGACGAGGUCACUUUGCAGAUGUUCAUGUUGUUAAAGAGAAGCUUACUGGUGACAUCUUUGCCAUGAAAGUGAUGAAGAAGAAAGCACUUCUAGCACAGCAGCAGGUUUCUUUUUUUGAAGAAGAGCGCAGUAUAUUAAGUAGUCAUAACAGUCCUUGGAUACCCACGCUACAGUAUGCCUUCCAGGACAGAGAACAUCUCUAUCUGGUUAUGCAGUACCAGCCUGGAGGCGACCUGCUGUCUUUACUGAAUCGCUAUGAUGAGCAGUUUGAUGAAAAUAUGGCCCAGUUUUAUCUGGCAGAAAUAUUACAGGCAAUUCAUAGUGUUCACCGAUUGGGCUAUGUACACCGAGAUAUUAAACCAGAGAAUAUUCUCAUAGACCGCACCGGCCACGUUAAACUAGUAGAUUUUGGAUCAGCUGCAAGACUGACCGCGAAUAAAGUUGUGAAUGCCCGUCUCCCUGUAGGUACACAAGAUUAUAUGGCACCCGAAGUUCUCAUGGUGAUGAAUGGAGAUGGAAAAGGCAACUAUGGUCCAGAAUGUGAUUGGUGGUCUGUUGGCAUCAUUGCUUAUGAAAUGCUUUAUGGCAAAUCUCCAUUUACUGAAGGGACAUCAAUAAAAACCUUUAAUAACAUCAUGAACUUUCAGCGUUUCCUAAAAUUUCCAGAUGAACCAAAAAUCAGCAAGUAUUUCCUUGAUCUGAUCCAAAGUUUACUGUGUGGACAGAAGGAGAGACUGAAAUAUGAAGAUUUAUGCUGUCACCCAUUUUUUACUGACAUUGAUUGGGACAACAUACGAAAUACUCCUCCUCCUUUCGUUCCUACCUUAAAGUCUGACGAUGACACCUCAAAUUUUGAUGAACCGGAGAAGAAUUUACGGGUUUUACCCUCUUCGUGCCACCUGAACGCUGCAGGUUUCUCUGGCGAAGGUCUACCGUUUGUGGGGUUUUCAUAUAUAAAGGCUCUUGGCGCAUUCGCCAAAUCUGAGUCUAUUGUGUCUGGUUUGGACUCUCCAGCCAAGACAAUCUCCAUGGAGAAGAAAUUAUUUCACAAGAGUAAAGAGCUGCAGGAAACACAGGACAAAUGCCACAAGAUGGAGCAAGAAAUGACUCGACUACAUCGUCGUGUGUCUGAGGUGGAGGCUGUUCUCAGCCAAAAAGAAGUUGAAUUAAAGGCAUCUGAAACACAGAGAUCUCUCCUGGAACAAGACCUGGCAACCUACAUCACAGAAUGCAGCAGUUUAAAGCGAAGCCUGGAGCAGGCCCGUAUGGAGGUUUCCCAGGAGGAUGACAAGGCUCUGCAGCUUCUGCAUGACAUCCGAGAGCAGAGCAGAAAGCUUCAGGAUAUCAAGGAGCAGGAAUUUCAAGCCCAACUAGAAGAGAUGAAGCUGAUGAUGCACCAGUUAGAGGAAGACCUCUCUACUGCUCGCAGGCGGAGUGACCUAUAUGAAGUAGAGCUUAGGGAGUCCCGUUUAGCUGCAGAAGAAUUUAAACGAAAAGCAACAGAAUCUCAGCAGAAGCUUCAGAAGGCUAAAGAUCAUGGUAAAGCUGAAGUUGGGGAGCUGCAUUCUAAACUUGAAAAGAUCAAUGCUGAGCAGCUGAACAAGAUUCAAGAAUUGCAAGAGAAGCUUACAAAAGCAGUGAAGGCCAGUUCUGAAGCUACUGAAUUGCUCCAAAAUAUUCGCCAAGCUAAAGAAAGAGCAGAAAAAGAGUUGGAGAGACUUAAGAAUCGUGAGGACUCAAAUGAUGGAAUAAAGAAAAAACUGUUUGAAGCUGAGGAGAGACGGCAUUCCUUGGAAGACCAAGUAAGGAGGCUGGAGAAUGUAGAGCGCAGAGAGAAUAAGUUAAAAGAAGAUAUUCAGACUAAAUCUCAGCAAAUUCAGCAAAUGGCUGAAAAAAUAAUGGAACUUGAAGAAAAAUAUCGGGAGGCCCAAAUGGGAGCACAGCAUUUGGGUGUUCAUCUGAAGCAAAAUGAGCAAGCAUAUGAAGAGAAAGUCCGGAGUCUCGAAGCACAAAUUAAGAAGGACACAGCAGAGAAGGAAUCUGUUGAGCGUCUACGUUUAAAAAAUGAAGAAGAACUUUCUGAGAAAAACACCUUUCUAAGUGAACAAAAGGCAAUGAUCAAUGCAUUGGAGUCCAAGAUCAAGUCUUUGGAACAAAGAUUAGCAGAACUGUCUGAAGCGAAUAAGCUGGCAGCGAAUAGCAGUCUUUUUACUCAAAGGAACAUGAAAGCCCAGGAGGAGAUGAUUUCAGAACUUCGGCAACAAAAAUUCUACUUGGAGACCCAAGCUGGUAAAACAGAGGCCCAGAAUCAGAAGCUGGAAGAACAGCUAGAGCGGAUUAAUAACCAAGAGCAUUCUGACAAGAACCGGCUGCUAGAACUAGAGACUAGAUUGCGAGAGAUUAGUCUGGAGCAUGAGGAGCAGAAGCUGGAGUUGAAGACGCAAUUAACUGAGCUGCAACUGACACUGCAGGAAAGGGAAUCCCAGAUCGCCUCUUUUCAGUCGGCACGUUCUGUUCUAGAAAACCAGCUACACCAUGCAAAAACUGAGCUGGAAGACACCACUGCAGAGGCAGAGGAGGAAAUCCAAGCAUUAAGGUCACACAGAGAUGAGAUCCAACGUAAAUUUGAUACUUUGCGGGAUAGUUGUACAGUUCUUACAGACCUAGAAGAUCAGCUCAACCGUAUGAGUGAAGAAAACGCAGAGCUAAACAAUCAAAACUUCUAUCUGACCAAACAGCUAACUGAGGUUUCAGGAUCCACUGAAGACAUUAUACAGCUGCGAAGUGAAGUGGAUCAUCUAAGGCGAGAAAUUACAGAACGGGAGAUGCAGCUUACUAGUCAGAAACAGACGAUGGAGGCACUAAAAACCACAUGCACAAUGUUGGAGGAGCAGGUAAUGGAUUUGGAAGCACUGAAUGAUGAGCUGUUGGAGAAGGAACGCCAGUGGGAGAGCUGGAGAAGUUCACUAGAGGAUGAGAAGAUGCAGUUUGAAUGUAAACUUCGAGAGGUGCAAAGACUUCUGGAUACCGAAAAACAGGGCAGCUUUCACUUUCUGGAGUGGAGAAACCCCAAACAAGCAUCAGAAGCACAAGUUCGUGCUGAUCAACGCGGCACUGAAUCUCGGCAAAUGGUGGAACUGGCAGUUAAAGAACACAAAGCAGACAUUUUAGCUCUUCAGCAAGCACUGAAGGAUCAAAAACUCAAGACAGAAAGCCUGUCCGAUAAGCUAAAUGAUCUGGAGAAGAAACACGCAAUGCUGGAAAUGAAUGCACGCAGCUUGCAGCAGAAACUAGAAACAGAGCGAGAACUGAAGCAGCGACUGCUAGAAGAGCAGGCUAAGCUACAGCAGCAAAUGGACCUUCAGAAGAAUCACAUCUUCCGUUUGACUCAAGGACUCCAGGAAGCACUGGAUCGUGCAGAUUUGCUGAAAACCGAGAGGAGUGAUUUGGAGUAUCAGCUGGAAAACAUGCAGGUUCUCUAUUCCCAUGAAAAAGUGAAGAUGGAAGGGACUAUUUCCCAGCAAACCAAACUCAUUGAUUUCUUACAAGCAAAAAUGGAUCAGCCAUUGAAGAAGAAAAAGAGUAUAUUUGGCAGGCGCAGAGAUGACCCCAACCAGGCAUCUCAAAUUCCUUUGCAGUACAAUGAGCUAAAGGUAGCUCUGGAAAAAGAGAGAGUGCGGACUGCAGAACUAGAGGAUGCGCUGCAAAAAACACGGAUAGAACUCAGAUCUGCUAGAGAGGAAGCUGCGCAUCUAAAGAUGUCCGACCAUCCUCUUCCAUCUACACCUGGUACAGCAAGACAGCAGAUUAUCAUGUCUGCUUUGGUUAGGUCUCCAGAACAUCAGCCGAAUGCUGUCAGUUUGCUGGCCCCUCAGUCAAGUAGAAGAAAAGAAACAUCUACACCUGAAGAGUUUAGUCGUCGCCUUAAAGAACGAAUGCACCAUAAUAUUCCUCAUAGAUUUAAUGUCGGUCUUACUAUGCGAGCAGCCAAAUGUGCUGUCUGCUUGGACACCGUACACUUUGGGCGUCAAGGAGCAAAAUGUGUAGAAUGUCAGGUCAUGUGUCACCCAAAGUGUUCCUCCUGCCUCCCAGCUACAUGUGGCCUCCCUGCAGAAUAUGCUACACAUUUCACUGAAGCCUUUUGUAGAGAGAAAAUGAAUUCCCCAGGAAUGCAGAUGAAAGAUGUGAGUGGUUCCGUGCGACUGGAAGGCUGGAUGAAGAUCCCAAGGAACAACAAACGUGGACAGCAAGGCUGGGACAGAAAAUACAUUGUGCUAGAGGGGUCUAAAAUCUUAAUCUUUGAUUCUGAAGUGAAAGAAGGGAACCAGCGACCUUCGGAGGAGUUUGAGCUUUGUCUUCCUGAUGGCGAUGUAACUAUUCAUGGGGCUGUGGGAUCCACCGAGCUUGUAAAUACUGCAAAAUCAGAUGUGCCAUACGUGAUGAAGGUGGAGUCCCACCCGCAUACAACUUGCUGGCCUGGGCGUACACUGUACUUGUUAGCACCCACUUUUCCUGAUAAGCAACGUUGGGUCACUGCCUUGGAGUCUGUUGUUGCUGGCGGGAGAGUUUCCAGAGAGAAAGCAGAAGCUGACGCUAAAUUGCUUGGAAAUUCCCUACUGAAAUUGGAAGGAGAAGAUCGCCUGGACAUAAAUUGCACUAUACCACUUACAGAGCAGAUUGUACUUGUCGGUGCAGAAGAAGGCCUGUAUGCUCUCAAUGUGCUGAAGAAUUCUCUCACUCACAUCCCUGGAGUGGGGGCAGUGUUUCAGGUUCAUAUUGUUAAAGAGCUGGAGAAACUCCUACUUAUAGCAGGAGAGGAGCGUGCUUUGUGUCUGAUUGAUGUGAAGAAAGUGAAGCAGUCACUGGCCCAGUCACAUCUGCCAGCACAACCCGAAGUGUCUCUCACAGUGUUUGAGGCUGUUAAAGGAUGCCAUCUGUUUGCCGCAGGAAAAAUUGAGAAUGGAUUGUGCAUUUGUGCUGCCAUGCUGAAUAAAGUUGUGAUAUUACGGUAUAAUGAAAGCCUCAACAAAUUUUGCAUCAGGAAGGAAAUUGAGACAUCAGAACCCUGCAGCUGCAUCUAUUUUACUGGCUAUAGCAUCAUCAUAGGAACAAACAAAUUCUAUGAGAUCGAGAUGAAGCAGUACACUCUAGAAGAAUUCCUGGAUAAAAAUGACCAUUCCUUGGCUUCUGCUGUAUUUGCCUCCUCGUCCAAUAGUUUUCCUAUUGCUAUAAUGCAGGUGAACAGCACAGGACAGAGGGAGGAGUACUUACUCUGCUUUCAUGAGUUUGGUGUGUUUGUUGAUUCAUAUGGAAGACGGAGUCGUACGGAUGACCUGAAAUGGAGCCGACUGCCUCUUGCAUUCGCGUACAGAGAUCCUUACCUGUUUGUGACUCAUUUUAACUCCUUGGAAGUGAUUGAGAUUCAGGGGCGUGCUGCUUUAGGUGCUCCAGCCAGGGCUCAUUUAGAUAUUCCAAACCCACGGUAUCUAGGACCAGCAAUCUCUUCUGGAGCCAUUUAUCUGGCUUCUGUAUACCAGGAUAAAUUGAGAGUCAUUUGCUGCAAGGGCAAUCUGGUCAAAGACAACACAAAUGAUCUUCAUCGCGCCCCAUCCACAACCCGGAGUCCCAACAAGAGAGGCCCACCUUCAUACAAUGAUCACAUAACAAAGAGAAUAGCAGCCAGCCCUGUGCCAGGAGAAAUGCAAGGCCUAGUGCGGGAACCCAGCACGCCACAUCGUUACCGCGAAGGAAGGACAGAUAUGCGCAGAGACAAGUCUCCUGGGCGACCGUUGGAAAGAGAGAAGUCCCCAGGAAGACUACUGAGCACCAGAAGAGAGAGGUCACCUGGAAGAUUAUUUGAAGACAGCAAUAGAGGCCGUGUUCCUGCAGGAACUGUAAGAACUCCUCUUUCACAAGUCAAUAAGGUUUGGGAUCAGUCUUCAGUAUAAGUGAUCUGUACAUCAUAUCUAAGGACAAACAAAGACAACAUGGGGGACAUGUCUGGUUUGAACAGGCAGAUGAUUUUUCUAUCCAUAUUGUUUGUAGCAGACCAGUAACAGAACUAUUUUGUGCUAUGUGAAAAUCAAAACCUAACUUCAGCUAUACGUCUUCAGAUUGCAUUUUCUGUAAUAUCUCUAAUCAUGUUUCAUUUGUUUUUGUUCCCAGUAGCUUAUGAAGAUCUUCCUUAUGUUCCGAUUUCUGUUACAGCACUAGGUCAAUUAUGCCUCUAGGAUAUAUAGCCAAUGUACAGAUUUUGGUUAUAUUUACUAAAUGACAAUAUUUUUCUUGUAUAUUGAACAUUUUAGACUACGUAUGAGUUCUGCUUCACACAAUACUUUUAUUGAGCUUUGCAUUCAUUUUAACAUCAUUGGUAAAGGCACAGUAAUGCAAAUGCUUUCACAGAAUCCACUAUACAAUUAUUCCUUCUAUGUUCUGCUUACUUUCUUCCUAAUGCUUCUGCUACCUCACUUGAAGUCAAGAUAUUUGCUUUACAAACCAUCACACUAAUGUGCCAGGGGUAAUAUGUCUGAAAAGGUGCUAAAUCUUUUAUAGGUGUCAAUGAUAAAGAUCUUAUAUUGGAGUCUCAUUUUUUCAAUUGAGAAAGUUUGUAAUCCCAAUUCUGAUAAUUUGUGUACACGUGGUAAGCUGGACUUUGAAUAUGUACAUAUAUAUCUAUGUAAGUAUAUAUUUCUGUUCCUCUAUUAUGCAUAGCUGCAUGGAAGAUGUUUCACCCCCAGAAGCCUCUUGAUUUACGUAAAUGUCACAUCCUAUCUGUUUAGUUGGGUAAGGCUAAGUGAAUAUGCCCAGUCAGACCGUACUGGAUAUGUAUGUCCCUACAAAUGCUUCCUUGACUAUACAUGAGGAUUGUACAUACUUUACCAGAAAGUUUAUAUUCAUAAAAUGGAAUAUGUUUCUACUUUUUUAAGGUAAACCGUGCAUUUUUGAA